UGACGUGGUUAGGAUAUGCUCCUCCAGUGGGUGCUUUCAGGGGUUCACGACUCUAUGCGACUGUUUUGACCGACUUAAUAAAAAAUAACGAGAUUACUGAUGUCAGCACGGAGCAGUGUGUUCAGCAGCACACCAGAGGUUUACUAUUAAUGCUACUUGGGGGGGUUAUGUGUCCUGACACAACUUCAAAUUCUUUUCCAUUAAUGUAUCUCCGUCAUUUUGAAGAUCUUGGUGCCGUGCGUACAUUUAGUUGGGGUAGUGCAGUUCUAGGGUACUUGUAUCGUGAGUUAUGCACUGGAGCUAUAUUGAAGAAAGUUGUGGAUCGAGACGGCAUUGCUGAGUUAGAGAAAAGAAAAGUGAACAUGGGUGGUGCACUUACAUUGCUACAGGUAAUAUGUCUUUCUACACUUUUAAAAUAUAAAUAAAUAGUUGAUUAUACUUGGAUUUUUAAUAUUUUUUAUAUUUAAUAAUUAGUGUUGGGCAUGGUCGAGGAUACCUUUACUCGCUCCGACAAUACAUCCAGCAGUAGCAGAUGAUGAUGAUUUUUUUCCCCAUCCUCCUUAUGGUGCACGGUAAACAUUUUAUGUACUUAUAAUUUAUUAAUAUGCAACUUAAAAUAUUGAUUUAGCAAAAUUUCAUACAAUAUUACAGUUGGAUUGGACCCGCUAGUUACGCUCGGUCCUCGCGAAACAAUAUACGUGUUUAUCGUACGACCCUCGAUCGGAUGCUCUGGCAUCAGUUUAUAUGGAUGCCUUAUAGUGAGCUCGAUCCCGAGUUUGGCGCUUUGCUUGAGCAUCCUGAGAUAGUGCAUCCACAGCUUUGGAUGUCGAGUUGUCCUCUUAUAUUUUACGACAGAGUUGAGAUGUGUCGUCCUGAUAGGGUACUGCGCCAGUUUGGGAGGAUACAGCAUAUUCCUCCACAUCCUACUGAUCACGAUAUUGAGAUAAAGUUGCAUUCUUAUGAUCGUCGAGGUGCUGUGGGGAGAGAUUGGGCUAUUUUUCACAAUAUCUAUGUUGAUAGAUGGCAUGCUCGACUCGAUUCUUUCACUGACUAUCCAUUUAUUGAGAUUAGUGGACCUCAGACGGACCCAGGAUACUACGAUUGGUAUGACAGGCACACGCGUCGUUUGAUAUCGCCGGUUGACAAUCUUGAUGAUAUUGGUUUUCAGAUCGGAGACCCGAUUUUACUGGAUCUAGUGGGUAAUCAGCUUAUAUCCAUGAGUCUUGCUGCUAGGGCUGUGUCUCGAGAUGACGAUCGGAUUUAUGAUCGGUAUCAGGACAAUGCUACACGGAUGUAUGCAGCUGGGACUCAACUUUUGCGUAGAGAUACUGAUUCUUCCAACAUACCUCCUAUUCCUCCUAUACCUUCUCAGACACAAGGUAGACGUACCAGAAGACGCUCUGGCACUGCCGAAUUGGAGGAUGACGUGAGACAGACGAGAGAGGGGAACUAUUAUGCAUCUACGUCUCGGGUACCUCCUGCUGAAGAUGUUGUCGGUCCAUUGGCUUCACAUACCCCUUUUUAUGGACAUGUUCCUAUGCAUGGAGGUAUGGAUGAUUUAUCUGGUACACAUGGAUUUAUGGAUAUGUUCGGUGCGUCUACAUCUCAGGUACCUACAUAUAGAGAUUUAUUUGGUCCAUCUACGACUGAUUAUGUUCCAGAUAUUCCAUGGUCCAAUUCUCUAGCUACCCCAUAUCCUCCUGCUAUUGAUACUCAGUUCACUUCAUGGGGUCCACAUUUGGAGCUUAACUUGGGAUACUCAAAUCCCCAAGAGCGGGCUCGACCACAGUAUAAUGUUUCUCCUGUUCCAUAUCCAGCGGACGACACCGAGUUUGUUGAUGACGUACCAGUAGAGCGUGACGUUCGUCGAGAUGGUAGGCAGCGGAGGACUAGACGACCACCUGCAUGUGGGACUGGUGGACAUAGGCAGUGACUUUUUAUGACCUUUUAUUUUGUAGAACUUUUUUUUAUUGUGUUGAUAAUAUUUAUUUUGUAUGACUAUUUUAUUUGGUAAAACUUCUUUUAUUUAUUGUUUAUGUAUUCUUGUAUUGCGUGAAUUAGAUAAUUGAGAAUUUUAAAUGCUCAUAAAUACA